UUGAAUGCUUUGAAAGCAAUGCAACGAUUAAUACAUAUAUUAAGGACUCAAAAGUUUCGCAUAAAUUGUGUUUCAAUUUGUCGUCGAUUUAGUGAUAAAAGUGUGAAAUAUAUCUCAAAAUUAAAGCACAGAAAUGAAAGCAUACGACAAAUUGAAGGCAUCACUAAAUUGCCACAAAUGAAUGCAUUCAUGCAAUUAAUUAUGAAAAAACCAAAUGAACUCAUUCAAUGGUACGCAAAGACACCGCCGGACAGAAGGAAAGUCAUGUAUUUGUCGGCAAUGAUUGUGUAUCUCAUAUAUCCAUUGGGUUUCAUAUGUGUGUUGUCUGUCCUAUACAUGACUUUUCACUCCGAGGAGAACCCCUUCACUGGCAGACAAACCGUCGUUAAUAUACCCAAAGAAAUGUUGGAUCAAAUGGAAAGCGAUUUGUUUAAAGAGAUAUUCAUUGAAAACGUUUCUUCGGGCACUUUCUUGCCAUCCAGUGAUCCUGCGGUCAAACGUAUGGAUAGAUGUGUUGAGCGAAUCAUUAACGCUAACAAUGAUAUCGAUGUGAUUGGAGACGGAAACUGGACUCCAGUUGUUAUAAACAACGACCAGUUGUUGGAUAUAAUCGUUUUGAAAGAGUCUCACAAUAUAUUCAUUUCUAAAAAGAUAUUGGAUUUAUGCGAAACCGACGAUGAAUUGGCGUAUCUAUUAUGCCAUCAGUUGUCUCACGUAAUGUUGGAUCACACCAGAGAACCGACAACCUAUGCGUCCAAAUUGUACGUACCUUUGAUGGCAUUUUUGCCAAAGAUAUGGACUAUAAAUCAGGAUCCGGUCCUCAGGUUUGAAUUUAUGGAGACAUUGAAUACAUAUUUCGAUAACAAGAUUAAAGAAUGUGUGCGAAAAGGCAUUUAUCUGAAUCCAUACAACGAGGUGUUGGAGUGCGAGGCCGAUAGGAUAGCCAUGCAAUUGCUUACGAGAGCGUGUUUUGAUGUCCGCAAAUGCCAUCAAUUCUGCGCUAAAUAUGCAAAUUUCACUCAAACCCAUACAACAGAUGGUCACACUACUAAUGAUCACUUUUUUGCCAAACAUCCCAUCACUGAAAAUAAAUUAUGGGGAGACGAACCGUACGGAACGGUAGUUGUGGGACCAGAAUCAGGGGACGACCGGGUCUUACCGUCGGGUGAGGUGUAUGUGUGA